AAAGGAGAAUAUGUAAACUAUCCAUUUUAUUUGACUGGUCUAAGCAUUGGAUCACCAACUCAACCAUUGAUCUGUUGAGGUAGGUCCGUUAAUUACCAAAAAAAUGUAUUGAGGUAAUGAGGGUGUACAUGGAUCAAUUUAAAGCCUGUUUGGCAAAGCUACUUGCUUGUAGCUCUUUUGCUUUUACUUUUCAUAAAAUUACCAUUUUCUUAAUUUGCUUAUUAGCACUUUAAAUUUAAAAAGGCAACUUGUUAUCUAACAAGUUUUAUGAAAAAUCAAAGCAAAAACAGCUAAUAAGCUGAACUUACAAGUUUAGUUUUGCUGAUUUUUCAAACUGACCUGAUAUAAAUGGUUUGGAGGAAAUACUAACUAAUUCAAUCAAUUUUUAAGGGUUAAAUUGGAUUGGUUUCGUUAGAAUCAGUUUCAUUGGUGGGCUUUGAGUUGUUGCAGGCCUAACUUCAGCUGUUUCUUUUACAUUGAGAAGAUGAGUGAGACAAGGCCGGUGCCUAGGAGAGAGAGUCCAUGGGGAAUGCCAGAGGGAGAGCAUCGACAGCCAAAGGCACAUCGUUGCAAUGAUCGAGCUGAGGAUGUUAUCCAGGCUUGUUUUGAGGGAAACCCAUUUAAGACAGUUCCAGGACCUUUUAAGCUCUUUUGGAAGUGCAUGCGUUCCAAACCUGGGGAGGAACCAACAGAGCCAUACACCUACUUGCAGUUGGAUCCACCGAAGAGAGAGACAAAGCUUGAAUGAAAACUCUCCUAAGAGUGCAUUCUAGAACAACAGCAUCUCCAUUUGAAUAUUGGCAAUCUCAAGACUUAUCUUUUGCAUUCAUCUAGAAGAACUGUGUAAGUUUUGAGUGCCUUUAAUAUUCUAGCCUCGUGUUUAGUAGUAAUAUCUUCUCGUUUCUUAAAAAGUGUGCCUGUUGAAUCCUGAAAUGUGUUGAGUUGAUCAUCAAGUCAUGAUUGGUAGAAAUUUUCAACAACCAUGGUUAACUAAGGUCCAAGUCCUGGAUGAAUCAUCAAUAAGAGAUGGAUGAUGUUGAUUCGUGUUUGAAUGGUUCUAAAAAUUGUCAAUGAAACAACUUUUUGAUUUUCAUACUUGCUUCUGUGACUGUUGCUGAAUGCCUCAGUUUCAGCUUUUUGGUUGGUCACUUCAUUUUUUAUGUAUGGGAGUUUGGUGAGAGAAUGUCAUCUGAUGGUGUAUCAGUUAAUCUCUCAUCAAAUGAAAAUCAUUUAUAAUU